AUGCACCUGAUCCCACCUGGGAAUAGAUGGAGACUGCAGGUGGGAUGCUCAGGGCCACAAGACACCUUGUCCUUGCUCUGCCACGGAUCCCUCCUGCGUGUUGUGCUGCUGCUGGAUCUGUUCCUGAAGGAAAAACCUCUGCGAGCUGCCGCUGCUGCUGGCACGAGCCGGGGAUGAAGCUUCCAUAGGGAAAAUCCAGAGAGCUGGGAUGUGGGAGCAAGGAGUGAGGGAACGGGACCAGCAGAGGCUCUGCCCAUGCGGGAAGGCCAUGGGGACACAGACAGAGCUGUCCCGACAGCGCGGGCUCGUUUUUCCCUUCUCUCCGAGGGAGACAGAGUUUGUGCCCUUUCUUGUGCCUUUGUUUUCCACGCGGAAGUAAUUCCGCACAAAGGCUUUGCCAGAAAAAUGAUGCGAGACUUUUUCUUGGCUUUCCUGGAAGCGAUGAAUCGCCUCGCUCCUUUCCUGGGGGGUCCCGGCGGCGAGGGGGGCGCGACCCGGUGCGACAUCCGCGCUCGGGCUGUGCCAUCUCCUGGUGACAGCGCGCGGUGCAUCCCUGCAUCCCUGCAUCCCUGCGUCCCUGCAUCCCUGCGUCCCCUCAUCCCUGCAUCCCUGCAUCCCUGCGUCCCUGCAUCCCUGCGUCCCUGCAUCCCUGCAUCCCUGCAUCCCCUCAUCCCUGCAUCCCUGCAUCCCUGCAUCCCUGCAUCCCUGCAUCCCUGCAUCCCUGCGUCCCUGCAUCCCUGCGUCCCCUCAUCCCUGCAUCCCUGCAUCCCUGCGUCCCUGCAUCCCUGCGUCCCCUCAUCCCUGCAUCCCUGCAUCCCCUCAUCCCUGCAUCCCUGCAUCCCUGCGUCCCUGCAUCCCUGCAUCCCUGCAUCCCUUCAUCCCUGCAUCCCUGCAUCCCUGCAUCCCUGCAUCCCCUCAUCCCUGCAUCCCUGCAUCCCUGCGUCCCUGCAUCCCUGCAUCCCUGCAUCCCUUCAUCCCUGCAUCCAUGCCCAAACUCAUCCACCCUCAGUUCUGCACCGCCAGGAUUUUCUGGUUUUAUUUCCCAGCUGA